AUGAAGGACAGUGGGCAGAUCGGCAGCAGCCCUGCGCAGCGGUCGUGCCAUGAAGCAGUGGCAAUUGAUCCAAUUUACGAUCUUGGGGACUUCAAGCUAGUGGGUGGAACUACCUUAAGACAAGCCAAAUUGGCUUACAAAUCGUGGGGGACGCUGAAUGCUGACAAAAGCAAUGCCAUAGUCUAUCCCACGUGGUACUCAGGGCGCCACUGGGAGAAUGACUGGCUGAUAGGUCCCGGCAUGGCAUUGGACCCUGCCAAGUACUUCAUCGUCGUCACCAACAUGUUUGGCAAUGGGCUUUCUUCAAGUCCCAGCAACACACCUCCCCCCUUUGAUAGAGCGCGCUUCCCUCAGGUAGCAGUUCAGGACAACGUUCGGGCGCAGCACCAACUGGUGACUGAGAAGUUUGGCAUCACAACCCUCGAAGCCGUUGUUGGCUGGUCAAUGGGAGCUGGCCAGACUUUCCAAUGGGCUGUCAGCUAUCCUGACAUGGUGAAGCGCAUCCUGCCUUUCUGUGGGUCCGCUCGCACCAGUGAGCACAACAAGGUGUUUCUGGAAGGUGUGAAGGCUGCGUUGACGGCGGAUGCCAAGUUCCAGGGAGGGUGGUACUCUCCUGGCGACCCUCCAGUGACGGGCUUGAGAGCCGCUGCACGUGUGUAUGCAGGAUGGGGAUUCACCCAGGCCUUCUACUGGCACGAGAAAUGGAGGGAGCUUGGUUACACCUCGCUGGAGGAUUUCUUAGUGGGUUUCUGGGAGGGAUUCUUUCUGGACAGGGACCCCAACAAUCUGCUGACAAUGCUGUCCACCUGGGCCAAUGGCAACAUAGGCAAGACCCCAGGAUUCGAUGGCAGCCUUGAAAAGGCCCUGGCAUGCAUCAAGGCCAAGGCGAUAGUGAUGCCAGCAGAGGUGGACCUGUACUUUCCAGUGGCUGACGAGGAGUAUGAGGUCAGCCACAUGAAUGGUGCAGAGUUGCGAGUCAUCCCUGGAGUAUGGGGCCACUUUGCUGGCGGAGGUCUUUGGGAUGAGGACACAAAGUUCAUAGAUGCCGCUCUCAAGGAGCUCCUGUCCAGCGAGGUCACCCACAUCAGCGACAUGGAAAGGCUGUCUCUUGGAGAGUAA